AUGUUUGCGCUCAAGUGCAAGUUGGUUGCGACGAUAGUGGGUUCGGUCGUCUUGGGGGCGACGUUUGCGCAGGCGCUGAAUGAGAGCGUGACUAUCCUUGCGGCGUCGACGUUCUAUCUGCGAGAGACGGAAACCCAGUUCUCUGUUAAUAUCGCAAACGAUUCGAGCGAUGUCUACUUUUACUUCGCCAGCCCGGCGUACUCGUGGGUCGGCGUUGGAUUCGGGCGGCAGAUGGAGAACAGUCUGAUGUUGAUCAUGUAUCCGGACGCGAAUGGCGACAAUGUCACGAUAUCGCCACGCAUCGGCAGGAAAGCCGGCGAGCCCGUCUACACUGGAAAGCUGAAGAUUGAAGUGCUCGAUGACACACGAAUCGAAGACGAUAUGAUGAUCUUGCACGCCCGCUGCUCGGACUGUCGUGUUUGGCCAAACGGGUUUCUUGAUGCGACUUCGACAGACCAGCCCAUGAUUUAUGCUUUCGGCAAUGCUCACGCCCUGCAAUCGUCAUCACCUUCUGCUGAUCUGCAGAGACAUGCUCGCUAUGGAUACUUCACGAUGGAUAUGACAGUCGCCACUGGCUCAGGGGGCGUCCCAUUGAAGAGCGAUGCAAACAACGGUGUCCAAGUGCAGAGCGAGUUGACGAAAGACACCGACCUGAAGACCCUUGCGCAUGCAAUUUUGGGUUGUUUGGUAUUGUUUGUGGCGUGGCCGCUCAAUGUGCUCAUUGCAGGAUUUCUGAGAAACAUUCGCAUACACAUUGGAUUUUCGAUCGCGGUGAUGAUAUGUUUGGGUGUCGCCUACGGGCUAGGCAUUGCUACGUCGAACCAGUACAACCGCUCCAAAACCUUCAACACACCGCACCAGAUCCUCGCUCUAGUCUCCCUAGCGCCACUGCUCCUCCUCUCCAUCCUCCCAGCUCGCCCACUAGCAACCCUCCACCGCUCUAUCCCGCAUCUACACACCCCACUAUCAACUUUAGCACUGACCCUCCUCCUCGUCUCGGGCGGCCUCGGCCUCCGACUAUCCUCGCAAUCCCGCCCAAUCGUACUUACCUACACGGCACUCUCGCUCCUCCUCAUCAUCGCUCUCGCAAUUCUAACCUCCAUUGUCCGCCGUCGAGGAUCCGCCUACACACGGUCCACGUCCAGGCUUCCGCUCUCUUCAUCGUCUAGCUCGGAGCUCGGGCUGCUAGGAAAAGAGCGCGUUGGAAGCACGACGGGGAGCGCAACGAGCUUGAAAGGGUUUCUGGAUGAGAGUCGACGGGAGGGAGGUGUGGGUGCUAGGAGCGGGAAUGGAAAUUCGAAUGCAAAGGGCAUGUUCGGAGGCGGGACGAUGCCCGGGCCGCAGUAUUUGAUGAAUAUGCAUCCCGGAGUGCCCGUGCAUAUUGGGAGUGGAAGGCGAAUAUGA